UACGGAACAGGUACGGGGCGAAUGUGAAGUGACCGGAGGUGCUGGAGAACGGGGGCAGAGGGGCCGAUCGGCGGCGGUCCACGCAUAACUCAGGGAGACAUCGGCCUUAGGGAAUGUUCUAGCCCGCCGCCCAGGCUUUGCUUCACUGAAAGAAUGAACUCCAUGAAGUGCUCUGACCCACAUAAGAAAACACUUCGACAGCUUCUCCAUGGCUUUGAAAGGGCUCAGAAGGCCGAUAUCCUUGCCUACAGUUUUGGGCACUUGAACCACAGGAAUCUGUAUAAAGUAUCUGAACAGCAUGAAGGCUCAGCAUUAUGGCAGGGUGCUAAAAAGUCCACCCUUAAGAAAGAGAAAAAUGCAUCAAAGCAGCAGUCAAGUGAGAUCAAAGCAAAGAAAAUGACCAAUGCAAUGGUAGACUUUGGGCAGGUGACCACUGUGCUGCCAAUAUUGCCUGCAGCUAACUUCCCUGACGAUCUUGAUCAGAAUGCAGUUAGAGUUUUUCAGUAUAUGCCAGAUAAGACUUCACGCACAUGCUCAGCAACCACAGAAGCCAAGGAACAAACAUUACAAGAUCACUUCAUCAAAGAGGAAUUGGACUUAACUGCCCUCAUGCUCAUGAAACCUCAGCAACAGAACUGUGCACAACCCCACAGCAGUCAUGGCCAGAGCCAAUUUGUUGAAUGCUACCUGGCUGGAGUCACAAAGGAGGACCAAUUCAGAAAGCUACUUGAAUUUGAGAAAAGAAUCCUGAUGAAGCAAGAUCUUCUAGACAGGGAUAUAAUGUCUGGUUACAAAGCUGUAGUGAAGCAUGAGUGGAAGCUAGCUCAUGAGCUGAUGAAGUUAGGUCAUCUGCCUGUACCAAACUUGAAACGUCUUCAGAUCUUCAGUGACGUGUUUGAAGACAUUUGCCGACACUCAACAAUGUUUCAAGAAAUUUUAAGUGAAAUCAAGGUUGAAUACGAUGUGUACCUCAUGUCACUCCUGGAAUCUCAGCCAAAAAAUCAACACAAGACUUUUCAGGCUCAGUUUCAAAUAAUGGAGAACAGGCUAGUGAAAACUCAUCAUGUGGAAGAAGCACAUCAGAGAGUCUUAAAUCUGGAGAAAGAAGCAAAACUCGCUCUGCAGAGGAAUGAUGAGUUAAGGAAUGAACUUGAGAUGGAACUUUCAAAACCGAAGCAGCAAGAUGUACAGCCUACUGUGAAACCCGUUAAAACCAAAGGCCACCAGCUGUCUGACACAGAAAAAAUGGUGUCACUGAGGAACAGAAUUUACCAAACAAAUGCACAGAUUCAAGAGCUGGAGAGUGAGCUGAAGAAUUCCAUGGUGCCCUCUACAGUCACUAAUGCUAUGCAGAGUUCUCUCAGAGACUCUCAGGGUGAUAUUGCAAAGCUGCAUCAAUCCAAUGCAUUUCUUCAUAGGAAAAUAACAGCUCUUGAAAAUUAUAUUGAAAGAAUCCUUAAUGAACAUAAAGUGAGCAAAAAUGUUAAAGAGAACUUUUGGCACAUGGUUAAUGACCUUCUGGAUUCUGCUGAGAAUAAAAUUGCUGAAGUCUCUGGGUAAUGGGCGACAUGCCCACAUCGUGCUAUUGGACUUCUUACAAAGCUCCACUCACCUAAAUAUGUGGGCACUGAAAAUGUUAACACUAACAAAGUAGUUUGAUAGAAAUGACACUUUGCAAUAAUUUGACAAGGAUUAUAAUUUUCAUAUAUUUGUUACUCAAUGGACUUCAAAAUUAGAUUGUCUCUGCACUGUAUAAUUCUGAAAGUUCUUUCCCAAUUUGGCAACAACAACUUGUAUUUAUAUAGCACCUUUUACACAGUAAGAUGUCUUAAAAAAUGAAUGGGAGUGUUUUUGAAUAAGAUUUGAUACAAGCUAAGUAAGAAGAUAUUAGAAUAAAUGACCAAAAGCUUGGUAAAAGAGUUUCAUUUUAAGAGCUUCUUAAAGGUGGAGGGGUGGCAAAGAGAUGACUUGGCUUAGUGAGAAGCUCCAAAGCUUAAGCAACAAAAGGAAUACUCAUCGAUGAUGGAGCAAUAAAAUUUGGGAUUGAGCAGGAUGUCAGAAAUGGAAUCCUGUCCCUGUUUUAAAUUAAUUGUAUUCCAAUAAAGUAUAUUUUGACUUCCCUGAAAUUGAACCACAAAUCACCUUUUAUACCUCCUCAUAAUCUUCUUAGUUUCCCUUUCCAUUUCUUUUCCUUGAUUUUUAUUUCUCCUUUGUGUAUUAUUUCAUUAAUUAUGUGCAUCUUUUAAAAUCGUGUUUUACUAUAACUUUUCCAACAGCAGAGCUACAGCUUUUGCUUUUUGCUUAUGAGGAAGAAUGUACUUAGCUUGUGCUUUAUUCACUUAGUUUUUAAAAAUGUCCUAUCACUGCUCUGCACACUGGCAUACCAGCGAGUUAAUCUGAGCUGUCAGCCCUGUAAUCAUGCUGAAAAUGGAUUGAUUUUAGUAUAACACCUGUACUUUGCUCCUCUUUACCUCUACCAGUCUACUCUGCAGGAAUUACAGUUCAAUCUUGAUAUGAUGUUCCUUGUUGUAUCACAGUUUCAGAUAUACUGUGGGUAUUAUCACGUCUAUCAAGAUGGAAAUUAGCUGACUAUUAGGUUUAUUUAUAUUGGUGGUUUUAAAGUUGUCCCUCACAUCCACACUAUAUCUAGGUUGCACUAUGUCUAGACACAGAAUGUACCAAAGCAUUACAUAACCAACGAAAUGUAGAAUAAACAGUAUAGAAACAAGCUGGUGGUGUUUAUACUUAACAAGUCCACUCCAGUUUCAUCUGCUUCAUCUCAGCUUUUCAUCAUAUCUAUUCCCUCUUCUUUCCUGGUUAUCUGAUUUCUCUUUGAAAACAUCUUAGCUAUUUGCUUCAACCACUUCUUGUGAUAGCGAAUUCCACAUUCUAAACAUGCUCCUUAUUUCUGUUUUGAAUUUAUCAGUAUUUUUAUUUUCAGCUCCUAGUUUUGAAUUCUCCUAGAAAUGGAAAUCUUUUCCCACAUUUACUCUAUUUAAACCACCUUUAUUUUUAGAGACCCUUCACAUAUCUCCUGUAAUUCUAUAAGAAUGAAACUGUCCAGUAGAACCAUAUAAUGUAACUGCUUUCUCCUUCUAUAUUGGUACAUGCAUUGUGUAUGGACCUGGAAGAAAGUUUGCUCUUUCCAAUCAAUUACCUUAGCCUUUGUCUUUCUGUUGCUCUUGAUCUUAAUCUUGAAGCUCAGUAUGUUUCAAUCACUUCCAUUGCAGAUAUUCUCCUACUCUUCCAUCUGAUGCAAUUCAUUCACUCUAUGAGAACCAGCUUUGGUUCCUUUCAUGUCAGAUUUUAAUGUACUAAGUGUUGUAGGAGGUUUAUACACUGUUUAAUCCCGGAGCUCCCUAUCCAGCAGCACUUUGAGAGUAACUUCACCAGAAGGAUUACAGCAGUUUAAGCCAUUUGGUCCAAUGUAUCUAUGCUAGUGUUUAUGCUCCAAGUCCACUCUCACAUCACCCUGAAGUCUGAAAUGCUUAUCAUUAUGUACUCAGUGGAGAUGCAGUAAAUGCUGAUCUUACAAUGGUGUCUAUAUCCCCCAAAUGAAGAAAACAAAUUCCUUCUUUCCUUUUGCAACUUAUUCUGCAAGCUUCUUUUUGGGGCUGGUUAAAAUCUCCACGAUUUGUUAUUCUUUGUCUCCUACUUGCCUUAAAUUUACCUAUAUAUUUCAUUUUCCCCUUCCAUUCUGUGAUGGUCUGUAAUAUCUCUCCAUGAAAGUGGUGAGUUUUAUCUUUUAAUCCAAUCCAUGUGGAUUCUGUGCAACCUACAAUGGGUCAGGUGCUUUCGUUUUUCCUUUUUCUGAUUCUCUACCUGCCCUCUGUCCUUCUCUCUCCUUCCUAAAUGUGAUUAUUUGCUAGUCACUCCUACAUUAUCCAUAAUCCUCUUUAUAAAUGUUAUUUGUUUGUUUAUGGGAUGUGAUGACAACGAGGCAUUUAUUGUUCAUCCCUAAUAACCCCUGAACCGAGGACCUGGUUAAGAGUCAAUUGCAUUACCGCCACUUCAUCCCACUUUGUCAUGAAUUCUAUAUACGUUCCUACACAAUAGUUGAAGUUAUUUUAUACAUUAUCAUUUUUAUUUUUGAUUAUUUUAUCUUUAUGUCCUACCACUUUACUCCUUUUGGUUGCCUUUUAUUCUCUUUCCCUGAUUCUCUCAAUGUUAUGUUGCUUUAUUUCAAAAUAGUCUCUCCCUCCAUGUUAUUACAACAAUAGUUAUUCUUUCUAAGAGAAUGCUGGUCCCCAUCUGGUUGAAGUGCAGUUAUUCUCAACAUAGCAUGUCCUUCUUCUCCUUUUAUUGGAUGCUGGUAUGGGAUCCGUCCUUGUUCCACUUCUUUAGCUAUGUAUUGACUUAGUUGAUUACUUUGUCUCUGAGUUGGUUUGAAAGUGGUUUGGGUAAUUAUCCAGUGUAAUUGUCAAGGUCCUGCCAUUCCACUUAAUUCCUAACUCAGGUAACAGUUGUUCCUUUAAUCCAGACUAUUUAACUGCAUGCAAAACUAAAGUUCCUUCAAAAUGGAUUAUAUUAAUCUCCUGAUGGGUUUGUUUAUCAAAUUAUUCACACAAGAUUAAUUAACAUAGCACUACAAAAGCGACCUUUUAAAAACAUAAGGAAGCAUGGAACAAUGACAAAUGGGGAAAAGUGGGGCAGUGGUUAUGUUACUGUAGAUGUAAUCAGAGACAUGGUCUAAAGAUCCAGAGAAUGUGUUCUGUUAAUUGUCAAAGGGGUUCUCCCAGUUGUUUCUGAUAGCUUUGCAAGAGAUAGAAAGCACUAUUUACACUUUAUUUAUGAUGUCCAUGGGUCUUCCAGCUACAUAAUAUCAAAAUACAAGGGAAUCCACUGUAGAAAUUCCACUCCAUCAUAUCUUUUGUCUUGUUUUUUUGGACCCAAGGAUUUGGAUUUCAACUUUUGGAUGAAUAUAAUGUUGCUGACUUUGGUUAGAAAUAGUUUUUGAAGUUUCAGCAUGUCCUUCCAUCACCCAUAUUUUUACAAACAACAGAAGACAAUGGGAAAGUGCACGGUAUUUAAAAUAACACUUUGGUCUUCUAAGUUGCCCCCAGAACUAUCCAGGAUGUUAAACUUUAAUUCCUGGAGAGACCAGGAAAAUAUUGGAGUAUGUGGAGCCCUAGAUAGAUCAGGGGUGUAAAUAUAUCUGAGUUAUCCAAUAAUUUCAUUUUGUUGUAUUGAAGCUGGUAGGAAUUCACCUUGUGUGGGGUUCAUUCUGUUCAGAGAGUGCCAACAUGUGGUUUGGGGCACUAAAUGUCAAUUGAGGGAGACCGAUUACAUUGAAUGCAUACUAGACCUAGAUUAGAGGGCCUGUGUGUAUUUUACAGCAGUAUGCUGAGCGUGAGAUAAAUCACAGCCUAAUGUACAGACGAGUUUUUGCAUUUGAAAAUAUCUGAUUACUUAAUGUACCUAUGUGUAACGUGCUCAAGAUUUGGA